AUGAGGAAUCCAUUGUCAGUAUCGCCGGCGACCAUGUCAAAUAGCAAGAGUACACCUACACCAUGUUGCAGCAAAGUGGGAAUGAAGAAGGGGCCAUGGACACCUGAAGAAGAUGAACUUUUGGCCAAUUAUGUGAAGAGGAGGGAAGGCGAAGGACUGUGGCGGACGCUGCCCAAACGCGCCGGUCUCCUCCGGUGUGGCAAGAGUUGCCGGCUCCGGUGGAUGAAUUAUCUCCGGCCGUCUGUUAAGAGGGGUCGGAUUGCUCCUGAUGAAGAAGAUCUCAUCCUUCGUCUUCAUCGAUUGCUCGGUAACAGACCAAAUUUUUCUGGGUCACAACCAGUUAAUGGCUACAAUCUGGAUCUGGAUCGAAACCCACUUGUCGAUAAUAGCCACAAGAACUUGAAGAAUUCUGAUCAUUUGAUGACAAAUUUAGAAAGUGGCCAUGAAAACAGUAGCAAUGAAGAAGAUGAUAUGGAAUUCUGCAAUGGUGAAACGUUCUCUUCAUUUUUGAAUUUCUUGAUAAAUGAAAACGAGUUUACUGAUCCGCAACAUCCUAACGUGAUUUCACCUUCGAUAUUGUCUCAGCAUGUAACAUCUUCUAUGCAGACCUUCAACCUUGGAACUGUUUGGGAAGCUGCACCGACAUCAACCGUUGCUGCAUUAGAAGAUGAACAAGAAGGGUUAGAUUAAUUAAAAGACAAGGAGA